AUGGCGUCUCUCAGCUUGAUAAUAGCAGGCUUGAACUUUACGCGUGCUGAGAAUUUUGGGGCGGGAUUCUAUCGAUAUGUGACAGAUCAUUCUCUGGUCUUGUCCAGCGUGAAAGCCUUCUCUAAGACCUGGCCAGGCGAUUCAUGGUUGAUAAAAGCCUCAGAGUGGCUUUCACGUCCCGAUGUUGUCGCGGUGAUCAACGCUUGGUGCAUCACCUUCUUCAUUGUCAUUACGAUUAUAUUGUGCCUUGGAUUUGGGCCUGCUGGGAUUGUUCCAGGUUCCCUAGCGGCCGGUUUUCAAUCUUAUAUGUAUGGUGGAUUUACUCCAGCAGGAGGUAUCUUUGCUACAUUGACUAGUAUGGCGAUGAUCGGUGUAUUCAUGCCCUCGAUUGUGAUACUUGCGGGCACUCUCGCAACUGUAGUUGCUGUGAUUGUUUGGAAAGUCGGAUAUGGACUGCCAUGA